UUAAACUCGCUAGCUACCUCAUCUCUUCUUUGUCUCCCUUACUGCCUUAGCCUGCUAGGCUGCUAAGCUACUUUAAUUUGGCCUUUAAGUUGUCCAUUGAAGCCUACUAUACGUACACACACCACAACACAAAGAAAGAAAUGGGGUUUGCUUCGAAAAAACUUGGUGAAGCUCUACUACUCUUCUCACUCGUCACCUCCGUGGUGGCCGCCACCUUGCCAAACGACGGUAACCCUAAUUCGGUGAACGCUACGUUGGUUAAGGCCGACAAAAAAGCAGUUUGCUUGCUCGGGAAUCCGGCAGCUUACUUUUACGCGCCGGGAUAUGGUAAUGGGAUUGAAAAUUGGAUUAUUUAUCUUCCCGGGGGCGGAUGGUGCAGAAACGUUAGUGACUGCGAAGACUAUAUUGUAAACAAAGGCGUAGGUUCAAAUCCAGGACCAUUUAAUUUUGAUGGUUUUGGUAUUUUGAGCCCUAAUAAAGAACAAAAUCCCGGCUUUUAUGACUGGAACCGAGUUUUUGUCCGGUAUUGUGAUGCGUCUUCGUGGACGAGCAACUCUCAGGCAUUAACAGCAAAUGGUACUAAGCUAUACUUCAGGGGAAAGAGAAUUUUCAAAGCUGUGAUGAAAGAGUUGUUGCACAAAGGAAUGCGAAGUGCAAAAAAUGCUCUAUUAGUCGGCAGUUCAGCAGGUGGAGUAGCCACAACUAUUUAUUGUGACAAAUUCCGAAGCUACUUUCCUGCUACUUCUACAGUAAAGUGUUUCUCCGAUGGUGCCUAUUUCUUUCUUCCGAAGAAUCGCACGGAAGAGAAUACAUUUCUAUUAAUGUUUAAGGGCCUGGUGAAACUACAUAAAUCAGGAAGUGUGCUGCCGAAAUCUUGUAGAAGAAGAUUAAGUGCAGAAUUGUGUUUCUUUCCUCCAAAUUUAGAGGAGGACAUCACAACACCAAUGUUUUUCUUAAUGUCAGCUUUUGACAGAGUCCAGAUCUUGUAUACUCUGUCAAUUGAUCUUGCUGGUUGUGUCCCUCUCAAGAAUUGCACGUCCAACCAAAUUGAAGCCUCACGAGAGCUUGGGUCGGAGCUUCUAACUGUGCUACCAACGCAAAACAAAGGAUAUCUCAUCACAGCUCCAUUCGCUCAUACUCAAGCGGAUCAGUCUACUUGGAACACUUUUCCUGCUGCACAGACUAAUGAGACUAUAGCAGGCUUAUUCGGUGAUUGGUACUUUGGAAGGAAAAGUGUUGAAAUAAUAGACAAGAAUCCAGGUCCCUACCAAUACCCUACAAGUCGAAGUGGUGCAUAGUCUCGAUGCGAAACGAUAUGAUGAAUCACAUUUUUAUGAAGCCAUUACGAGGACAGAAAAGCCACCUCAGAUAGUUCCGACGAGAAUCACCUUCCAGACUUGUCUAUUUGGGGACUUCCGUGUCGCCGUGUGGAAUUGUUUCUUAACUUUUGUAAACAGAAAAGUCAGCUAAAUAAAUGUUAUGUUCACAAAAUAACCUUUUGUUAACACAAGAAAAGUGUAGAUUAUGUCCACAAAAUUUUAGUUUAAGAUUUAAUUGAGAAGUCAGCUAAAUAAAUUAUUGAAAAACUAUGAGCCCGUUUGGUAGCACCAAAAUCGGCUGUUUUGGCUGAUUCUGCUGAAAUUUAUGAUAUUCUGGCUGGAGUGGCUGUUUUGGCUGAUUUUGCUGAUUUAAGAAAAAAAUAUUUUAAAAAUAUAUUUUAUUAAUAAAUUAAAGAAAAAAUUAUAUGUAAAAAUAGCUAAAAUGGUCCUCUACAGUAACUUCAGCCAAUACAGCCAGAAAAGUAACUCCAACCUUACUUUUUCGGCUUAUUACACAAUUCAGCGCGCGAAAGUAAAAGUUACGUGUUUGGUGAAAAAGCUGGCUGAUAAGCCUGAUAAGCCGAAAACAGAGUUCUCCAAACGGGCUCUAUGUGUUUUGUAUAUAUUUACACAGUGUAUUUUAAUAAUUUAUUCAACUGACUUCUGAGCUGAGUUUUCAUCAAAAAACUCUCUCGAGAGCCCCUCAAAUAGACAAAUUCAGACGGUAGUUUCGGUCAGAACUACUUGAGGUGAUUAUUACCCUUAUGGAGUAUAUUUAUUUGACAUAACAUACUUUACAUGUAUAAUUUCUUUUAUUUAAUUUCUGGUUGUGUAGCAGCUAAUUAUACUGCUUUGAGGGGUCGGUGUAGUAAUUAUUUGCUAAACUCAAUGUUCUCCGUAUAUUCUAAAUAGGGAAAAAUAAUAAAAAUACCCCAAACUUUGAAAGGGUGUGAAGUAAGCACCCAAACUUGCAUAUGUAAUUUAAAUACCCCAAAUUUUAUAUAAAAAUUUAUUUUCGCACCAUUGUCAUGUAUUAUUUCUUUCAAAAAUGUAAUUCUAUGGAGUAAUUGCAUAAUUUAAAAUAGAAAUUUAAAAAUUUUGCAAUUGUAUGGAUUGGGGGUAGCAUUAUUUAUUUCUAAAUGGAAGUUAGAAUGUUAAUUGUGUCUUCAAGAAUUCUAAAAUAUUUUAAAUUUUGCAAUUAACACCAUAAGUUUACAUUUUUGAAAGAAAUAAUAUUUGACUAUGGUGUUAAAAUAACUUUUUAUAUAAAGUUUGAGAUAUUUAAAUUACAUAUGCAAGUUUGGGGUGUUCAUCUCACACCCCUUCAAAGUUU